AUGGUAAUAACUUGUUGUCAUGGUUACGCGUACAUGCAGGUGGCGGCGACCGACCACGACUCGGAAGCUUACGGUGACGUCAUGUACGCCAUAGUGCACGUGUCGGCGGCAGCAACCGACAAGUUCUCCAUCAACCCGCAGAGUGGCCUUAUACAGGUGCUGCCAUCUGCCGUGAUGCAGCGUGGCGCCACCUACAGCAUAACGGUACAGGCUGCGGACGGUGCGCAGGGUGCGAUGCAGAGGGUGUCGCAGGCGAUCGUAGAAGUGACGGUGCAAGCGUCGGCCGCACAAAGUGCACCUUACUUUGAAAUUGUCAACUACACCGUGGCGGUCAGCGAAGGAACACCUGUUGGUACGCCGCUAGUCAAAUUACAGGCGAGAGACCUAGAUGGCGACACCGUCUCGUACGAGAUUUACCCGCCAAAUACGGACUUCGCCGUCGAUGCCGACACGGGCGUCGUCACUAUACAGCGCCCCCUAGAUUACGAGGAGCUAUCGGUGCGCCACCUGUCGGUUAGGGCCAACGACAGAAAGACAAUGCCGGUAAGCUGA